AUGUCUUCCAGAGACGGUAGCAAGGCUUCAGGCUCUCAGAGGUGGCGGGCUGCUUAUGCCUCUGCAAUUCUUGACAACGUGCAUGUCAAGCUGGCGAAGCCUUUGACUGACAACGUGCCUUGCGUGGAUGCGAAUGAUCCGAAUGCCAGAAUCAUCACCUUCCGUCCCUUUUACUUCUCCUUGGGCUUCAAAUUCCCACUGUCAAAGCUUUUCAAGGAGGUAUUCUGCGCCAUGGAGUGUGCUCCAAUGAGGUGCUUCAAGGAGUAUGCCCAACUUCACACCUGCAAUGUCAAGCUGUUUGACAGUCUUAGUCAGGGAGAUCAUGUGUGGCAUGAUGAUGUGUUGGAAGUCAGCGGAUGGUGGGAAGGCGAUCUGACUAACUUCGGUCUUCUGCUUGUAGCGGACGACAUCAGCAAGAAAUUGGAGCUUGAGCCUGACAUGGCUAAGGUCCGCCACGCUUUGAACAUCCCCCAAAAGUUUCGUGAGUGGCGUUGGCUGUUGAGCGAGUAUCGGGAGGAAGACGGUGGUCUGCCCCCUGCCGAGGAUGUCGAAAGAUGGAAGCAGAAUGGUCUGGACCUUGAUGAUCUGAAGGCUGAAGUCAAGUCUCCAAGAACUCAAGCUACCUCUUCACAAGCGAGGAACGUGUCUCCAUUGAGGAAGAAGCCAAAGCUACCUUCUGCUGAGAAGAUCCCAGUAGGAGUUGUUCCCGCCUCAUCUGCCAGGGUCAAGCAUCUUGUUGGCGCAGACAGCAAGAAGAUUGGCAGUAUGCGCAACAUAAGGGAUGCUUCCCUUAAGCCUUUUGCUGACGAGCUUGGAGAUCAUGAUCUACUUCGCGAAGUGGCCUGUGCGCAAUCUAGCUCACCUGUUGAAAGACAAAGAGAUGCGGAUGUUCCUUCCCGAAGUUCGGGUCGCUUACACCAGUCGAAGAGUGGAGGUCGAUGUGGGAGGUCUACUCAUCUAUCCAACCGUCAUGAUCCAACUGUUGAGUCACAAGCAGUCAAGUGUGGAGUUGAUUCGACGUCGCAAAUUCCUUUGGAAGUGAGGUUGGUAGAGGCUACGAAAGCAAGAGAGUCAUUUGCCCGGACGAAAGGUUCUUCUGCAACGUCAGUGGCUGAUCCUUUGGAAGUGAGGUUGGCAGAGGCUACAGGGGAUGCAGGCGUGUCUGAUCUGCUAAAGACGCAAUUUCUAUCAAGUCCAUCCUCUUGUGCUGAACUGGUUGACCAAAUCUGUCAGGCUGGUGAUCUUGGUGCUUUCUCAAGUCUUUCCUUGGAAAAACAAAGGGAAGCGACACUUCAUCUACUUCAAAAGGGAGUAGUUUUUGCUGCUGAGACCAUUCGGAACUCGUCUGCUGUUGCCCCCUCUUCUGCUCAGCUCAGCGAGUUGGAGAAGAAGAAUGCCGAGUUAGUUAGCAAACUUUCCGCCGAGCAGACCCGUUAUGAGAAGAAGACGUCUGAUUUACGGGCGAUGAUAUCUGAGUUGAAGAGUUCCCUUGCUGAGAAGGAUUCCGAGCUUAACUCUUCUGCUGCUGACUUGGCAAGUUGA